AUGCCUCCGCACAGAGAACUUCCCCCGCUCUCUUCUUUCGCGCGUAUGUCUGCACCACCGGGUACUUCUUUGCCCCAGCCGCCUUUGCAAUGCCAAGGUAUUGAGUACAUGCAGCAAUGGUUGCAGGCCAAAGCUGAGGAGGACCGUCGCAAGCAAGAAGAAGAGAAGACACGACAGGAGGCUUUAAAAUUGGAGCUGCGCAAGACGGAAGGGCAAAUUCUCGCGGACGCUUUACGAGGAGGCGUACCUCCUCACAUGAUACCAGGGCUAUUCGCGAAUCUCACUGGUAUGAACAAAUCUUCGUCUGAGUCGGAUCAUCAGUACAUGCCUGGACGUUUCUUGGCUCAACCGCCUCAGCGGUCAUUUUCCGGCCCACCUGCAGUGACCACUCCGUAUCCUCCAAUGGUUCUAUUACCCCCGCAUUCAUCUUCCUCCCAGCAUGGUAUUCAUCCUCAGCAGCCUCCCGGCAAUCUUACAUACCCGGGCUAUCCAGCUCCUGGGAGUGUUGGAGUCACUCCGACAACGGGAGUCCCUCCUGCUAGAUCUUCUGCGCCCAGUCCAGUUCCAGCUCAGUUGCCUGCUCAACCACGCCCCAUCGAAGACGAGCCUCGAAUCCUGCCCGAUAUUGCUGGUGGACAUGUCCCUCCACUCCCGCCCGUUCAAGUGAAUCCCAACCCAGAUCCACCUAAACGCAGGUUGACAUUCCAAUUCUGGACUCCCCCAGGAUUGCGAACCCCUUCUCUUCGCAAACCUCAAUCAGAAGAUCCAAUUUCGCCAUCGGAAUCAGCAUCUCAGGCCCAAUCAAACAGUCGCAGCUCUGCCUCUCCGCGCAAGAGGAAGUCUCGAGCCAAACUCGGUCGGGCUGCUGCCCCUCCUAAACGUUUGAAAAAGAUACCACCACGCCUUACGCGAGCUGCCGAAUCAAGCUUCGCCAUUGGUGAGCCGAGUCAGCAGCAGCGACAAGAUAAAGGGUCUUCUGAAUCCGUGGCUGAAGAAUCCCUCAUUGGAAAUCGCUCUUUGCCCGAACAGAUCAGCUCUGAAUCUCAAGUGAACAGAUCCAACUCUAAUACGAAACUGGAAUCUCAGUCACGCAGCUCCGAGAAAGAUCUCCAGGACUCGCCAUUGUCUCUGUAUGAACCCUCGGAUGAGGAUUCGAUCUCGGAGGCCUCUUAA